CCCGCCAUGGCCGACCAAGUGGACAUGUCUCUGGACGACAUCAUUCAGCUGAACCGGAGCCAGCGGGGCGGCCUCGGCCGGGGCCCAGGCCGGGCCGGCUCCCAGGGAGGCCAAGGUGGCGGAGCGCAGGCCGCAGCCCGAAUGAGCUGGGGCGGCGGGCCCAUCCGGAACCGGAACCGGACGGCCCUCAUCCGCGGCGGCGCGGCAGGCGGCCGAGGCAGGAACCGGCCUGCGCCCUACACCCGGCCCAGACAGCUUCCCGACAGGUGGCAACACGACCUUUUCGAUGGCGGCUUCCGCGCGGGCGCCGGUGUGGAGACCGGGGGCAAACUGCUGGUGUCCAACCUGGACUUCGCAGUGUCCGACGCGGACAUCCAGGAGCUGUUUGCGGACUGCGGGACCCUGAAGAAGGCCGGCGUGCACUACGACCGCUCUGGCCGCAGCCUGGGAUCGGCCCACGUGCACUUUGAGCGGAAGGCAGACGCCCUGACAGCCAUGCAGCGGUACCACGGCGUCCCCUUGGACGGCCGCCCCAUGAACAUCCAGCUGGUCACCUCACAGGGAGACACGCAGCGCAGGCCGGGACCCAGUGUCAACAGAGGCGCGAGGACUAGGAACCGAGGAUCUGGAGGCUUUGCUGGCGGCACCCGCAGAGGCGCCCGCGGAGGCAGCCGGGGCAGAGGCAGGGGCACCGGCCGGAGUUCCAGGCAGCAGAUCUCUGCGGAGGAGCUGGAUGCCCAGCUGGACGCUUACAACUCGAUGAUGGACACCAGCUAA